AUGGCCGGAAAGUCACACUCCUUCCUUGCGAUUCUCAGUUUUAUGGCGGCUGCCGCCUGGCUUUCCGGUAUCAGCACCGCCACUUUUGUCAGCUCAGGGUCUCGGUAUGCCCGGGCCGGUCAAAGCCUGGCCAGUGAGAGCAUCGGGCCUGUCAUCGUGUUGAACCCAAGACACCCAUAUGUGGUGAAACUUGCGAAUUUCGCAGUGGAUGAAUACAAAACGAAGACUAGUCAGACCAAGUUCAGCUACAGUCACAUAUACCGGGCUGCAGUCAAGGAUAGCCCGCACGGAAAAAUUUAUUCUUUCUUGAUUGCGGUGGAUGAUGAGACCGGGAUGAGUGGCUACGACGCGGAUUUAUUAGUCCAUGGAGAUGUGAAAGAGCUUGUCGAUUUCCGCAAAAGAGUAUGA